AUGCUGUCAUCAAACACCAAAAACAAACAACGCAUGAAGGUCAGUCCCAGUCAUCACAAUCAUCCUGGGGGCUCAACCUCUGGUCAGCGGCCUCACACCAGAUCGUUUGCCAGACUUCAUGGGCUGAGUGUCAAAGAUUUCACGCUUGAAGACCUAGACGUCGCCUCAGGCAAAACUCGCUCGCGACGGGUCUCACAGCCUCUACCCCUGUCGACCUCGGUGUCGAGCUCCCCGUUGCUGCCGUCCAAAGUUAGACAAGCCAGGAAGACUGCGGUGGAGCCGGGGGGGACGUUAAGCACACUUCAAACUCGAUCGAAUAAGAACAAGGAGAGACCUUUGCUCGAGCGGUUGGACGGCACUGACGCUCGCAACUUACGGUCACAACAGCCCCAGUCUCCGACAGCGUGUCGCGGAGCAAAAGUGCAACCUCAGCCAAGGGAGCUACCCAUUGGAUCGAGCCCUCCUCGACCAGGGUUUGAGCACGCGACAACCACAGAGAAACGGGACACGGUCUCUGUCUGGCUAGACUUAAUUAGCCCCAGCACUGCACAGACUUCUCACGAUUUCACGCAGAGACGCAGUUAUUCUCACAUUGCAUCGGCAUCGGAUCCAGCAGACAUGGAAUCUUCAAGCUCGGCUCAGACUAACACAAGUGCCACUACUGACGAUGCAACAACUACAAAGGCUAGUACGGUCCGACACAUCCCUUUCAUGGAACAUUUGGAGUUCCGAGGCAUCACGGAUGAACCCUCAAGUGACGAGAAACUUCAAGAACUUGACCUAGACAAGAUCAUCCAUGCGACACCUUCUCACGUCGAAUUCCAGAAAUUUGAAAGUCUCCUCCGAGUGCUGGAAGAUUAUCUUAAGAAGCUACGGAAGUCGGUAAAGGAUCAGUCUUCAGACAAUGGCCUCCCGGUUUAUGACGCCUUAAGGCACGACAUAAACCACUGGAGACCUGAGACUGGGAGUUACAGACGGUUUCCUCCAAUGUCUCCUCAAGAUUUUGCAUGGGACCGAAUGCAAUGCUCUACAUCGAGCGAGGCCGAUUUCCACCGGACCGUCAUGAUUUCUAUUAUAGAUCGCCUCGAUUUCCGCAGUGUCUUCGCCUUUAGUUGCGAGGAACAGUGGCGCAUUGAAAAGCAGUUUUUGAUAAAACCAAGAAAGCCUAGCAGCAAGAUUACACAGCCGAAACCCGACCUUGCCAUAUCAUUUCAUCGAGGUGCAUUCAUAGAGGCGAGACGCCUUGAGUAUCCCCUCGAGCUAGGGAAUUGCCUUCAUCCCGGCAAGAGAGGGCGCGAGCGAUGGUUUCCUUUUCUCUUCAUGGAAGCUAAAAGGGAGGAUAGCUCGCUUCGUACCGCGUUCGAGAAGAAUCUGUAUAGCGCAAGCCAGGCGCUCUUCAAUAUCUUUCAAUGGAUGCGCCUAAUCCCCCAGCUCCACCAGAAAUUUUUUAAAGAUGUUCGAACUUUCAGCAUCGUUCUUAACAACGAAGAUAUGGUGUUAAGAAUGCAUCGUGCAGAAAGGGAUGGGGAUAGUCAGCUUAGGUACGAGUUUACGGAAGUGGCCAAAAUACGAGAUUACAGCCGCGACGCCGCCUGCCAUCUGGUCAAAAGUAUUUUAUUGGACUACGGGUUAUCACAUCUACAUCCCAUCCUGAAAGACACCUUCCGAAUGGUUGUUGAGAUGGAUCACUUGAGGGAGAGUGGAGCGAAGCGCAAGCAGGACCUCAUGGACGCACAGACAAUCACAGAGGUCAUUAACAACGGCCCGGGGCCUGAGGAGACAGAUACUCCGCGACUUCAGAGCACCAACACGGGAUUAUCCUUCGAUGCCGACAAUCUGACCUUGACGGCGCGGGAGAACGCCCCCAAGCGGAGCAGAAAAAGUCGCGGUGGGCGAUGA